UGUUACAUUCCUCUCUUUGCAGGUCUCUGUGCCUUGCGGAGAAUCCUGAGAAAACAACCUAACCUCCCUGAUGACAAGGUAGCUGGACUGGUGAAGAUUACUCUGAAUGAUUUCUUGCAGGGAAUGAAUGAUAUCAGACCCAGUGCCAUGAGGGAAGUAGCAAUCGAUGUCCCAAAUGUAUCCUGGUCAGAUAUAGGAGGACUGGAAAAUAUCAAACUGAAGUUGAAACAGGCUGUGGAAUGGCCCUUAAAACAUCCAGAGUCUUUCAUUCGAAUGGGUAUUCAGCCACCUAAAGGAGUUCUUCUGUAUGGGCCACCUGGGUGUUCUAAAACAAUGAUAGCAAAGGCUUUGGCCAAUGAGAGUGGACUGAAUUUUCUAGCUAUAAAGGGGCCUGAAUUAAUGAAUAAAUAUGUCGGUGAAUCUGAAAGAGCAGUUAGAGAGACCUUCCGAAAAGCAAGAGCAGUGGCGCCUUCCAUUAUCUUCUUUGAUGAACUUGAUGCCUUAGCAGUUGAAAGGGGCAGCUCUUUAGGUGCUGGGAAUGUAGCUGAUCGUGUUUUGGCUCAGCUCUUAACAGAAAUGGAUGGGAUUGAACAGCUAAAGGAUGUGACCAUUUUGGCAGCUACUAACCGCCCAGAUAGGAUAGACAAGGCUUUGAUGAGGCCUGGAAGAAUUGAUAGAAUCAUCUAUGUGCCGUUACCAGAUGAAGCAACAAGAAGGGAAAUACUGAAGCUGCAGUUUCACUCCAUGCCUAUCAGUAAUGAUGUUGAUUUGAAUGAGCUCAUCCUUCAGACUGAUUCAUACUCCGGGGCAGAGAUUGUAGCCGUCUGCAGAGAGGCAGCUCUUCUGGCUCUGGAAGAAGACAUUCAAGCCAAUUUCAUCAUGAAAAGACAUUUCACUCAAGCCUUGAGCAUUGUGACACCUAGAAUUCCUGAGUCAUUGAGACGUUUUUAUGAAGAUUAUCAAGAGAAGAGUGGGCUACAUACACUCUGAGAAAAUGUACAUAUUCAAAAUGCUGAAAAUCCUUUACAGAGAAAAUUUCUUUUUAAAAUUUUUUGAGAGUGUUUAAAAAAAUUCUCGUUAGGCAAAAUGUUUGAAAUAUGUUCAGUAGAAUUUAGGGGCUUUGGUUCUUACAGAUUUUCGAGUCGUGUAAGUACAGUGAAAAUAUCUCUGAACAUAAGUUUCAAACAGUUUUAUUUGGAAAUUUGUGGUGAGUUUUAAAAAACAAAUGUUUAGCUUUUUCAUUUGUGACCUAGUCUGUUCAUCCUAUGAAGUGACUUCUUUUUCUAGAAUCUGUUUGAGUGUCUUCCUAAAAUGCCAAACCUGUUGGCAUCAAUUUUGUACAGGGACAUAGAAAUUGUAUCUGGAUACAUUUUUUUUAAUCUUUAUUUUUGAAGGCCAGCCAGUAAAAUGGCCAAAUGUGCCAGCCAGGCUUAUGUGGCCUUCUCAAAUAUGUAUGUAUGUGUUCUCAUUGUAAUUCACAUAUGCAUUAUUGCUUUAGCCUUCUUAAUCUCUACCUACGGCCAAAAAAA